UUGAAUCUGCAAGGGAUCAAGAUGCGGCUGUUGUCUAUGUUGGUAUCCUGCGUUGUGCUAGUUGUGCUACCCAACGUUCUGGAAGCUCGAGAAACAUUUCUUAAAAGGCACUUCAGAAGUUUGGGGAAACCGAAGCAUUCUGUCAUGAAGGGCAGAACUAAUAUAACUGCGGGAGGUACAAGUCAACUCCAGUUGGGCGAUCUUACAGAGAAGUUUUAUAGUCACUGCCAUGAUAUAUUUAAAGAGAAGAAUUUGGUUGGGCACGUGAUUCGUGGCAUGAUCGGUGGAAUUUUGGAUCGACUCUAUGAAGUGUGCGUAGACAAACCCAUUCACCCACUUAUCCAUAGACUCUUUACGGAAACUCUUCUAUGCGGUGGUAGUUUGUCGGAUGCCAUCGACAAUGUAAUUGACAUAAUAUUUGGUCAAUUCGAACGAAAAUGUAGGGAUAAGCCUGGAUUUGAAAGCCUUUAUGUGUUAACCAGUGCCGAAAAUGAGGUAGUUGAGACAAAACACAUUACUUAAUCUGCAGUUUGGAUUUCUGAAAUAAAUAAUAUUAUUUUAGGAUGUUCUUUUAUUUCUAAA